GGAAGAAAGAAGUGCACCAGCAUAGUAAAAAAUGUAUUGGCAAAAGAAGAAAAAGACAAUUUAGUAAAAAAAUUAAAAGUAAACAAAUUUUCCAUAAUGGUCGAUGAGAGCACAGACAGUAUGUGCAGCGAUGGUGCCAGUGUAAUGAUCGGACAGCAUAAUUCUUUUGCAUUAAGAUUAAUUAGGGACAUACCAAAUGCUAUAGUUGUAAAGUGCAUCUGUCAUUCUGCAGCAAUUAUUGCAAGUAAGGCUUGUUUAACGCUACCCAGAGGACCUGAGGAUCUUUUGCGGCAAAUCGGCGAAGAAGCAGCAUUCUAA